CCGGGGCUCGGCGGCGUUAGUCGCUAUUCACGAAGGGGCGCGGACGCAAAGAGCGGGUGCUGUGGCAACCGGGGCACGCGCGCGCUGAGGGCCGGCCGGCGCUGAGGGGAGGGAGCCGGGGGCUAGUGUUCGGUGAGAAUUAAGCCAGAUUAAGACAAUUCAGCAGAUGAACACACAUUAGUGCUGAUGAUGCACGAUUCCAGCCUCUUUCACAGCCUCCUGACAAUGUAUGUUUGCUAAAAGAGCUCCCUGGGGACACAGAGCACUGUUUAAAGUCAGUAGGCGUCUUUAUGGUACAUUAUCUGCCCAUUCACCAAGUACAGCCAUUUUGGAAUAUUUUUAAGGGUAGGGAGAAUCUUUCUGUGGAAGAUUUGGGAUGGCACAACCUCGUAUCUCAGCCUACCUGCCCCCUGAUAUAGACCCCACCAAAGCUGCUCUGGCCUUUGGGAGGAGAGCCCUUCCUAAACUGCAUGAGGAGUUGCAGUCUCCCGAGCUGCUGAUGCAGCAGCGGGCGCUGAUGGCUCUCUGCGAUCUGGUCCAUGAUCCAGAAAAAGUCUACCAGGCAAUAGCAUUAGGAUUCCUGGAGAGCCUGAAGACUUUGCUGGUGCAUCAAGACCAAACUGUCCGGCAAAAAACAACAGAAGUUCUCUCUGUAAUGGCUUCACAUAGUAUUGGCAGGGAAGGGCUAAUACGAAGCGGAGUCAUUUCUGCCCUUGCUGGGCUUCUGGAUGAUCCAGUAGAUAUCUGUCGGAAGAACACCCAUCAGAUUUUUGACAGGCUGGCAAAAUUACCUGAAGGGGCUGGUGGUGUCCUGCGGGCUGCUUUGAUUCCCUCACUGGUCCUGAAGUUGAAGACAGAGUUGGAUGAGAUCCAGGAGCUCAUCCUUGAGACACUCUCCAACUGUCUCCGUGUGGAGGUUUCUGAAGCUCUGGCAGCUGGUGCUGUUACUGUGCUGAAGGAAAGGCUCUCACACCCCUCCACUGCCAUCAGAAGCAAAGCAGCCUGGGUCCUCUUAGAAAUCAGUUCUCAUGCUGAGGGGAAAAUCGCGGUGUGCAAAGAAGAGGUGAUUCCUGUGCUGGUGAGCCUGCUGGAAGACGCGCAGCCCGAAGUUCAAGCUAGCUCGACAGGAGCGCUGAUGUUUGCUCUUGUUAAGCCUCAGGGGAGGUCCUCAGCCAUGGGUGCUGAAGCCCUUCCACCUUUAGUGAGGCUGGUUGCUGAGGAAACCAGCAAAGCGCGUUUGAAUGCGAUCAAAACCCUCACCCUGCUGGCGGAGCUGCCAGAGGGCCGCCAGGCGCUGCUGCUUCACAGGGACACAUUUCAGCGCUGUCUGGAGGAUCCCAGCGAGGCCGUGCAAAGAGCUGCCGACAUCGCCAUCUCCGUGAUCGACUGGAAACCCUUCUGCAGCCGAGAUCUUUUCUAGAGAUCUAUUGCCCUCUGUUGUUGUCUGGCUGUAAAAGGUCCCACACAGAGAAAUGGAGAAGAAAACUUAGGAAGUGUGGAGUUCUCCACUAGGAGUUACUGCCCGAGUUACCAAGAUUUUCCUGUGAUACGAGACACCAACCCUUUUUGUUUUCUUCAUGAUGUUCUCUCCUUUUGAUUUUUUUAAACCUCAGCCUUUCAAACACUAAUCGAUAAUUAAUUAUAUUAGAAAGGUUCACAAUUAGCUCCUCCAGCAGUCUUGUCCAUACUGACAAAUUGAUCUAACAACAGGAAUUUACAUGAAUUUUUCUGCAAACAUUUGUGACACAGGAUUAAGACCAAAGUCAGAAAACCUUUACCAGGGUAGCCCUCGGUAAAGAUGUGUUGGGGACUCUCCAACAGGAGAGGUCUCUGGUCCCUAACUGGAAUUGCUUGUAAUAGGGAACAAAAGCACCUCGGGGUUUGA